AUGUCGCAUCACUGCCACGAUGAGCAUGAUCACUCGGGCCACGACCACUCGCACGGCGCACACGACCACAGCGACGACCUCACCCCCGCAAUACAGUCCCUUCUGUACGAACAGGUUGAUUUCGGCGCCGUCAACACCCUGAACGAAGCGGAGCCGCGCUCAGGCGCCUCCAUAUUGCAGAAAACAUAUGCGCAGCGCCUCGACCCGGAGCCAGAGCUGCAGAGCGACGCGGACGAGCAGCUGCUCAUGUUUGUGCCCUUCACCGGCCAAGUCCGCCUCCACAGCAUCCUCCUCCGCACGUCCGACUCUGCCAGCGCGCCGAAGACGCUCAAGCUGUACCUGAACCGCGAUGACCUCGACUUCGGCACGGCAUCCGACCUGCAGCCGACGCAGCAGCUGGACCUCGCGCAAACCAACGACCUACAAGAGCAUCCGGUCAAACGCGCCUUGUUCAACACGACGCGAUCCUUGACGCUAUUCUUCGAGGACAAUUUCGGCGACGGCGACGAGGACGUCACAAGAGUUAGUUAUGUCGCGUUCAAGGGUGAGUAUAUGCGCUUGAACCGUGAGCCCGUGAACUUCCUCUAUGAGGCGGCGGCGAAUCCCUCGGACCACAAGGUCAAGGGCACGACAGGGCUGGGAAUGGGUAGUGGUGUUGGUGGAAGAGACGGGCUGUGA